AUGCGGCUUAAUGCUUUGAUGCUAAACAAUAACGAAAUCACAGAAGUUGAAUAUAUUGGAAGUUUAACCACAUUGAAUACAAUAGUUCUUUCGCAUAACAAGAUAGCCGUUCUCCCACCUUUUCCUCGUCUAACAGACUUAAUCAAACUCUCUGCAACUCACAACUCAAUAACGGAAACUCCGGAUCUAUCAUUUAAUACAAAAUUGAAAGAAUUGAGAUUAAGUCAUAACAAUAUUAAAACCCUACCAGAGUCCUUGAAGGAAUGUAUCGCGUUAGAGGUAUUUGAAGUCGGACAUAAUGAGAUUGAAAAUUGGAGAGAUAUCGAAGUGCUAUCUUCAUUGAAAAAUUUGCAUAACUUGGGUUUAAAAGGGAAUCCUAUUUGCUCACGAACAGAUUACAAUCGCGACAAGAAGUACGAAAAUGAUGAUGAAGAAGGAAAGAGAUAUGAAGGAACAUUGAAGAUCGAUCAUGGGACAGAAGAUAUAAGCGAGAACAUGAAAGGAAAUAAAAACACAGGAUAUGGGGAAAGCCAGAAUAAGAAUGACGACUUGGAGGACGAUAAAGACUAUAUGAGGAAACAAGUUAAAAUCGAGAAAGAGAAAUAUGCGAGGGAGAAACAGAAAAGUAGCAAGCACAAGAGAGAGAGUGAGGAUGAUGUAAAUAAUAAGAAGCCGAAGAAGUCGAGUCCACUAGAGAACUCAACAGUAUCGCGGCGAGAAGGGGAUACUGAGGAUCAAACGGAGGUGCAUUCCUUAGCAUCACUAUCGGAUCUCCCCAAAGCUACAUCUCCAACUAUAGAACUACCCACUUCGGCAAGUGGUGUGUUGGGUAGUGUAAAUGUCACGGGGGUCGUAGCUGUGAAAGAUUUCUCUGAUAAACGGAGUAAAGAGAAGAGAAUGCGCGCGUUUGAUGUUGAAGCUUGGGAGCGAAUAAUAAGAGAGAAUGAGAGCGGAGGUAUUGGGAAUGGCGGUGACGGAAAGUCGGCCUGGGAUUAG